AUGGGAAUUGCAUGUUCAAAUUGUUAAAAUAUUAUAAGAGGAAUACAGUAUCAUUAACAAUAAGUGCAAUAAAUUGAUAAUAAUCACAAAUUAGAGAUAAAAUAAGUAUUGGAUUGUGAAGCAUGGAGCUUUUACAGACUAAGUUGGUUUAAGAAAAUUGUUUAAAUAGUAACAUUGACGAAUGAAAAUGAAAGAAGGUACUUUUUUGAUGGUGAACUCUUAAGAAUGUAAAUAUUUUUAUAUUUAAAAAAAUAGAGAAUAAAGACAUAAUAAUGUGUAGAAUUUUUAAAUUUUCCUAAUUUAGAAUAACUUAUUCAUCUAAAUUGGUCUGGAAAAUAUGGGUAAUAGAAUUAAAAGGUAGGAAAGUGGAUUACAACAUGGAAAGGUGAAAUUUUAAGGGAUACUGGUGGAUGGUACUCUAAGGAAGAAAAAAAAUAGGGUUUUUGGAUUGACCUUUCAAAAAAUUAUAGAAAGUAUAUAAUCAUUCAAAUAUUUAAAAGGAAAGCUGAAGUUUACGAAUCUGGAUAUUAUAUAGAUGAUUAAAGAUAUGGGAUUUGGAAUUAUAUAUACGAUGACUAAUUCAUGUAUUGAUCAAAUUAUUUUUAUUUUAGGAUUGCUGGACAUUACAACUAUUAAGGCCAAAAGAGUGGAAAAUGGACAGAGUUGAGUGAUAGAUAUUGUUAUUUUUCUAAAGUCAAAUAUAAUGAUGAAUAUAAAAACGGAAAAAAGGUUGGUUUAUGGGAUAUUUGGUUUGAAUAGGAAUAUAGAUAUGAUAAUAAAUUGAUGUAAUAUAUUACGAUUACAUUAUUAAGUGGGGGUGGUUCAUAUGAUGGAGAUGGUAAUAAAAUUGGAAAAUGGAUUGAAUUGAGUGAAGGAUUUUAAGAUGACUCAUAAAUCACUUAUAUUGGUCAUUAUAGAAAUUGCAAGAAAAUUGGUAGAUGGGAUAUUUGGUUUAAGACAAGAGAGGGUAAGAUAUAAAAUAUUAAAAGCAAAUUUUUUAACCGGUGGUGGAUCAUAUGAUGAAGAUGGUAAUAAAAUUGGAAAAUGGAUUGAAUUGAGUGAUGGAUUUUAAGAAUAAUCAUAAACCACUUAUAUUGGCCAAUAUAGAAACGGCAAUAAAAUUGGUAGAUGGGAUAUUUGUUAAUUAGGAGAAAUCAUGUAAAAAUAAUGGCAUAUGAAUAAUUUAGUGGUGGUGGAUAAUAUGAUGAGGUAGAUUCUAUUAAAAUUGGGAGAUGGAUAGAACCGAGCGAUUUUUUUCUACAUAUACGGCAGAUUAUUUAUAUUGGUGAAUAUAAAAAUGGAAAAAAAAUUAAUAGAUGGGAUAUAGAAAAAAGGCGUGAAAAAGGAGAGCCUUUUUAUAAGAUGUAAAAAUAAUAAAAAGUAUAAAUCAUUUAGUGGUGGUGGAUCAUAUGAUUUAGAACAAGGUUCUAUUAAAGUUGGGAAAUGGUUUGAGUUUAAUGAUCAUUAUCAUUAACAUGAAUUUGUCACUUCGAAUGGUGAAUAUAAAAAUGGUAAUAAAAUUGGAAAAUGGGUAACAUUUUGGACAAGAGAAUACAAUUUAGUACAUAAAUAAAUGUAAAUUCAUUAUAUCAAAUUUAGAGCUUGUGGAUUUUAUGACGAGUUAAGUUUUAAUAAGUUUGGUAAAUGGAUUGAGCUUAAUGAUACUUUUAGUUAUUCUUCAUAAGUCACCAAUAUUGGAAAAUAUAAAAAUGGUAUCAAAGUUGGUAGAUGGGAUAUUUAUUUUUAACUAAAUUUUCAAGAUGAAAAAAACUUAUUAAUGUAGAAUUGAAAAUAAUAAACUUAGUGGUGGUGGAUCAUAUGAUGAAGAAUAAGGAUUUAUUAAAGUUGGAAAAUGGAUUGAGUUGGGUUCUUCUUUUGAUAGUGAAUCUUAAGUCACAUAUAUUGGUGAAUAUAGAAGUGGUAAAAGAGUUGGUAAAUGGGAUAUUUGGUUUGAUCAGUUUUAUGAUAAAAUAAAAUAAGUGUAAUAUCAAAUAAUAAUUGUAGGGGAGGUGGAUUUUAUGAUGAAGAAUAAGGAUAUAUUAAAGUUGGAAAAUGGAUUGAACUAAGUGAUAAUUUUAAAAGAACUUCAUAAGUAACUUUUGAGGGUGAGUAUAAAAAUAGUAGAAAAAUAGGGAGAUGGGAAAUUUGGUAUAAUGAGUGGUAUAAAGAUAAAAAGAAUGUAUUAUUGUAAAUAUGAAUUAAAAAAUUUAGGGGUGGAGGAUAAUAUAAAGAGGAAAAAGGUUUUAUUAAGUGUGGAUUUUGGAUAGAUGUAUGCGACAGUUUUGAAGAUUUUUAAUAAUGUGUCUUAAUUGGUGAAUAUAAAAAUAAUAGAAAGGUAGGAAUAUGGAUAAUCAAUUGUAAGAGUUAUGGUGAUUUUUAUGGUUAUGAAAGAGAGAUUAUCUUUGAAAAAUGA